GCCGCGGCCUCCGAGCUCCUGUCGGAAGGUGGUCGCCAGUGCCGCGGUUCUUCGCAGACGCCGCCGGUUUUGGGGUUUGGGCUGCGCGGCGGCCACGGGGUGUUCCGAGGAGCUCGCGAACACGUCUGCGGGCCACAAUGUCGCACCCUUCCCCCCAGGCUAAGCCGUCCAACCCCAGUAACCCCCGAGUCUUCUUGGACGUGGACGUCGGAGGGGAGCGAGUUGGUCGAAUUGUCUUGGAAUUGUUUGCAGAUAUUGUACCCAAAACGGCAGAAAAUUUUCGUGCAUUGUGUACAGGAGAAAAAGGCAUUGGACCCACCACUGGGAAACCUCUACAUUUCAAAGGAUGUCCUUUCCAUAGAAUUAUUAAGAAAUUUAUGAUUCAGGGUGGAGACUUCUCAAAUCAGAAUGGGACAGGUGGAGAAAGUAUUUAUGGUGAAAAAUUUGAAGAUGAAAAUUUCCAUUAUAAGCAUGAUAAGGAGGGAUUACUGAGCAUGGCAAAUGCAGGCCGCAACACAAACGGCUCUCAGUUCUUCAUCACGAUGGUUCCGACUCCUCACUUGGAUGGCAAACACGUGGUGUUUGGCCAAGUGAUUAAAGGAAUGGGUGUGGCAAGGAUUCUGGAGAAUGUGGAGGUGAAAGGUGAAAAACCUGCCAAAUUGUGCGUUACUGCAGACUGCGGAGAACUGAAGGGAGGGGAUGAUUGGGGAAUAUUCCCCAAGGAUGGAUCUGGUGACAGUCAUCCAGACUUCCCCGAGGAUGCAGACAUAGAUGUAAAAGAUGUAGAUAAAAUUUUAUUAAUAACGGAAGACUUAAAAAACAUUGGAAAUACUUUUUUCAAAUCCCAGAACUGGGAGAUGGCCAUUAAAAAAUACACAAAAGUUUUAAGGUAUGUGGAAGGCUCGAAGGCUGCUACUGAGAACGCAGGCAGAGCAAAGCUGCAGCCUGUCACUUUGAGCUGCCUGCUGAAUAUCGGAGCUUGCAAACUGAAGCUGUCCGAUUGGCAGGGAGCAGUCGACAGCUGUUUGGAGGCCCUUGAAAUAGAUCCGGCAAAUACCAAAGCACUGUACCGUAGAGCCCAAGGAUGGCAAGGACUAAAAGAAUACGACCAAGCAUUGGCUGAUCUUAAGAAAGCUCAGGAGAUAGCACCAGAGGAUAAAGGGCUGGCAGACGUCUCUAAAGGGUCAGGUAGACAUUACAGUCUGUCACGGCUACCCAGUUCCGCAUGUGGAGCUCAAAAGCCCCCAUCGACAGUGUGUAAGCCAGGAGGCACUGCUGUGUUCCAGUAAAACUGCGUAAGAAGAGUGGUGGGCUGGACGCCAACCUCUGGUCUAGGAGAUACACUUUGCUGGAAGUGCUGAGCCUGAUGAGUCAAAUGUACAUUGGAGGCCAGUAGUGCUAAUAGUGUUUGAAUCUCGGAAGACUUGGAGAGAGAAGUAGAUGCUACAUCACUUAUAAAGUUUUAUUUAAGAGAGAUUCAUAAUAUGGGACAGUUUUAGGUGUAGUAUAAAAUUAUUUCACUGAUAAUUACUUUAUGAACAUUCUGAUCAAAAAUAUAUUUAAGCUGUUUUUGACACCUGUGAACUUCCAAACAUUUGAAGUUAGCUUGCCGUCCAUUUUAGAGACACUGGCACGGGUGAAGCCGGCUGCAGUUUACAUUCCAUUGUAUGCUGGGCCUCCACCGCCUUCGGGUACCACCCAGUUAAUAUUCUGACUUGGAUCCUUAAUAUCACAUGUUUUACAGUGCACACAGUUCUGAGCAUUUAUCUGUAGCCGAAAUCCAUCACCUUGUUCCAAAGGUACAAAUUCAUAAACUCCUGUAAGAAAACAUACGCAACUCUGUGCAGUAGCUGCCUUUAAAGCAGAGGCUAAAGUCCUGGAGAAAUUAGCCACAGAAGCCCUCAGCGUUUGUGGACUGAAUGUUUACCCACAGAAUAUUACAGAGAUCUGGGUGUGUGCAUUUGCUGUUGUAUAAAUUAAAAAUGAUAAAAGCAGAAGGUACAGCAGCAUGUGGCUGAGUUGGUGUUACCAACAAGGGAACUCGAGGCUGAGCAGUUUUCGGGUGUGAUGUUAUAUACGGACAUACUUCAGAGACCCAGACGCCGCAAUAAAGUGAAUUAUCACAAUA